AUAUACAAACCAGGCGUCCAAACUCUACACGUCACCAGGUCCAACGGCGAUCUAAUUUGCGCCAACGAACUACUACAAAGCCUAUUGAAGCCAUGCGUCAGCUUAAAGGAAAAGUCAAGGAGACGAGGAAACAGAAGAAGGAGCGCAAGCUGGACAACUUGGAGAUCCAGGCCAAAAUUCGGACUGUGGUUCUGCCCGCCUUUGGCGCCUUGGCAGUGUUUCUAGUUCUCUUUGUCUAUUUGAAGACACGGCCUGCAAUCCUGGCCUAAAGACUGAAAUCUUUGACUGGAUCUGUCCAAAGGAAGUGCAAUCCCAAUUCUAUUAACAGUUUCAACAUAUAUAUAUGUAUAUAGCUGUCAUUUUAAAAUUAAAUGGUAUUUUGCAAACUUA